AUGGCACACCAAUUCGUUGUUCUUGGAGCCGGAGUGACAGGGCUUUCUACUGCUCUAGAGUUGAAGAAUCGCCAUCCGAAUAGCAGUGUAAUCAUUGCCGCGCAGUACUUCCCGGGGGACCGACACCCCACCUACGCUUCUCCCGUCGCAGGCGCAAAUUGGCUUUCUGUCGCUCUCGACAGUGGGCGUCAGGAGACAUGGGACGAGAUCACUUUCCAGAGAUUGACCAAACUCGCUCGGCAGUCGCAGGAAACAGGCGUAGAGCGAAUGGAAAUACGAGCCAUCUAUGAUCGAGAGCCCAAGGAUGCCGAUGUUUUAAGUGUUGCGACCGGCAAAAUCUGGUACGAACAGCUGGUCGGAGGCCUGCGAAGGCUAUCUGAAGACGCUUUACCAGCUGGAGCUGUGUUUGGCUAUGAUACAGAUACUUUUGUGAUUAAUACCCAAAUAUAUCUUCCAUGGUUACAAACCACCUCGCGCAAAGCAAAUAUUCAAAUGCACCGUCGAAUCUAUAGUGAUAUCCAAGAGCUCUUUUCUGAUUAUCCCAGUGCUAGCGCGUACUUUAAUUGUACAGGCCUUGGUUCAGCGGGGCUGAAAGGUGUCCAAGAUGCCAAUGUCUACCCUACAAAAGGCCAGGUCCUCCUUGUAGAGUCCCCCAAGGUCCCUUUAAAGCGAAUGUAUUUCCGCUCGCCGCGGAGGGUUGAUAACGACACCACCUAUGUGUUCCCCCGUGGACCACAUGGCGGAGUCGUUCUCGGUGGCUGCCGCCUGGACAAUUCAUGGAGCGGAGAUAUUGACCCUCAUCUGGCAGAGGAUAUAAAGAAGCGUUGCUGUGAAUUGGCUCCAGAACUUGGGCGGCCGGAUGAUCUCAAGGUCCUGUAUCAUGCCGUUGGGCUACGACCAAGCCGUGUCGGAGGCGCACGCAUCGAACGUCAAGUGAUCAAUGGCAAACAGGUGAUACACAAUUAUGGAGCGGGCGGAGCAGGAUAUCAAGCAUCUUGGUGA